AUGUCGAUGCGUUCGCUUCUUCGUCAGACUUCUGCUGUUCGCGCUGCCGUGCGCAGCACGCGCUCGCUCACGGCCGUGCCUGCGGCCAUGCGUGCUCCUACGACCAGUGCGCCUGCCCGUGCGUCGGCCCGCUGCUUCAACACUUCGGCCCAGCGUGCCGAGGAGCACGAGAGCCCGUGGGGCAUCAACUCCCUCGACAAGUUUACCGAGGAGGAGGAGAUGCUUCGUGAUGCUGUCCGCCGCUUUGCCGAGAACGAGGUCAAGCCCCGUGUCGAGGAGAUGGACGAGAACGAGAAGAUGGACCCCGCGAUCAUCAAGGGUCUCUUCGAGCAGGGCCUGAUGGCCAUCGAGACCGACCCCGAGCUCGGUGGUGCGGGCAGCAGCUUCAUGGCUGCCAUCAUUGUCAUUGAGGAGCUCGCCAAGGUCGACCCCUCGGUGUCGGUGCUGUGUGACGUGCACAACACCCUCGUCAACACUGUGCUCCGCAAGUACGCCAACCAGGAGCUCCGUGACAAGUACAUGCCCAUCCUCUCGUCCGAGAAGCUCGGCUCGUUCUGUCUCUCGGAGCCUGCCUCGGGUUCGGACGCCUUCGCGAUGAAGACCACCGUGAAGAAGUCGGACGACGGCAAGCACUGGAUCAUCAACGGCUCCAAGAUGUGGAUCACCAACAGUGCCGAGGCCGAGUUCUUCAUUGUCUUCGCCCAGGGCGACGCCUCGAAGGGCUACAAGGGUAUCUCGGCCUUUGCCGUGGAGAAGGACAUGGGCGUCGAGAUCGCCAAGAAGGAGCGCAAGCUCGGUAUCCGCGCCAGCAGCACCUGCACCGUCAACUUUGACGAGGUCAAGGUCCCGAUCGAGAACCUGAUCGGCGAGGAGGGCAAGGGCUACAAGAUCGCCAUCGAGAUCCUCAACGAGGGCCGUGUCGGUAUCGGCGCGCAAAUGGUCGGUCUUGCCCAGGGUGCCUUUGACCGCGGCCUUGCGUACACCUUUGAGCGCGAGCAGUUCGGCAAGCCCAUCGCCAAGUUCCAGGGCAUGCAGUUCCAGAUGGCCCAGAUCGCUACCGAGAUCGAGGCUGCCCGCCUUAUGGUGUACAACGCCGCCCGCCGCAAGGAAGCCGGCCUGCCGUUCACCAAGGAGGCCGCUAUGGCCAAGCUCUUCUCGAGCCAGGUGGCCCAGCGUGCUGCGGGUUCCGCCAUCGAGUGGGCCGGUGGCCAGGGCUUCACCCGCGAGCAGGGUAUCGAGAAGUACUGGCGUGACAGCAAGAUUGGUGCCAUCUACGAGGGUACCAGCAACAUCCAGCUGAACACCAUCUUCAACCUCACCGCCAAGGAGAAGGGUUUCUAA